CUAUCUGCUUUCUUCACUUCUUAUCUCACUUCACUCACCAAAACUAAAUCCACCAAUGGCUGCCGCCGACGGUUCCUCACCCGAAUUCCUAUUCCGUUCAAAACUCCCGGAAAUUCCCAUCUCCACCCACCUCCCAUUGCACACAUAUUGUUUCGAAAAUAUCUCCGAAUUCAAACAACGUCCAUGUCUAAUCAACGCCGCCACCGGCCACACCUACACCUACGGCGAAGUUCAAGCAAUAUCCCGCCGAGUGGCCGCAGGUCUACACAAGUUAGGUAUCGGAAAAGGUGACGUCAUCAUGCUCCUCCUCCAAAACACCCCAGAGUUCGUUUUAGCUUUCCUCGCAGCCUCCUACCUCGGCGCCGCCGCCACCAUGGCCAACCCAUUCUUCAUGCCGGCGGAAAUUGCAAAACAAGCUGUGUCAUCUGGGGCCAAGGUGAUCAUAACCCAAUCUGCGUUUGCAGAAAAAGUGAAAAAACUAUCUCAGGGAAGUGAGAUGAUCAUUAAAGUAAUAUUCAUCGACGACGACGAUCCUCCGACGAAGGGAGGAUAUAAAUUUUCGUCGUUGAUUGAUGACGUGGCAAAAGAGGAGGAGUUGGAAAUGGGAGAUGUGAAAAUCAGUCCAGACGACGUCGUUGCGUUGCCUUAUUCGUCGGGAACCACUGGUCUUCCAAAAGGAGUUAUGCUGACUCAUAAAGGAUCAGUGACCAGCGUGGCACAACAGGUGGAUGGUGAAAAUCCACACCUCUAUAUCCGAAGCGACGAUGUCGUUUUAUGCCUUCUUCCUUUAUUUCACAUAUAUUCUCUCAACUCAAUUAUGAUGUGUUCGUUACGAGUGGGAGCUGCGAUUUUAAUCGUUCAAAAGUUCGACAUUAAUUCACUUCUGGAAUUGGUUCCUAAAUACAAAGUCACCUUUGCGCCGGUAGUGCCUCCUAUUGUACUUGCAAUUGCCAAAAGUCCAGCUGUUGACCAUUUUGACAUGUCGUCUUUGCGCAUGGUGUUGUCGGGAGCCGCACCACUGGGGAAGAAUCUUGAAGAUGCCUUUCGAGCCAAGCUUCCCCAUGUCAUUCUUGGCCAGGGAUAUGGAAUGACUGAGGCGGGGUCAGUGAUGACUAUGUCGUUAGCCUUUGCAAAGGAGGGUUUCGGGAUAAAAUCGGGAGGUUGUGGAACAAUAAUGAGAAAUUCAGAAAUGAAGAUAGUAUGCCCGCAAACGGGAGUGUCCCUUCCAAGGAAUCGAACUGGGGAGAUUUGUAUAAGAAGUUUUCAAAUGAUGAAAGGAUACCUCAACGACGAAGAGGCCACCAAGGCUAUAAUCGACAAAGAUGGAUGGCUGCACACCGGCGACAUAGGUUACGUCGACGACGACGAUGAGCUCUUCAUUGUCGAUCGUCUCAAGGAACUGAUCAAAUAUAAAGGCUUCCAGGUAGCGCCGGCGGAGCUGGAAGCCCUGCUUAUAUCCCACGGCCACAUCGCCGACGCCGCGGUUAUACCUAUGAAUGAUGAAGUUGCUGGGGAGGUUCCGGUUACGUUCAUUGUCCGAUUCGAUGGCUCCAACAUCACUGAGGAUGAAAUUAAGCAAUACAUCUCCAAACAGGUUGUGUUUUAUAAGAGGAUUAAUCGUGUCUUCUUCGUGGAUUCCAUUCCUAAAAGUCCUUCCGGCAAAAUCUUGAGGAGACAACUUAGAGCUUUGCUCGCAGCCAGCAUUCUUAAUUAGACACCAAACCCUACAACUCCCAAUAAUUAAACUCUCUCUCUUUCUCAGAUGUGUGUAUGUAAAAGGAGAGAGAAGGAACUUCUUUGUGGAUUAUGUUUAUAUGAAGUUCUGUUCCAUGGCUGCAAGGAAGUCAUUCUCUAAUUAAGAAAACAGCUAGUUUUCAAACUUUAUAUAUGUAAACAACAGCUAGUUUUAUGAAGAACUUUAAUCCAAGUUCUGAUUAUUGUUAAA